CGAAAAUAUUUCCUAGAGGUGAACCGACCGUCAUCUAAAUAUUUCAAAACAGCGCGUUAGGGUUCAUACGGCGACACAGCCCAACCAGCUACAACAAACAAAUUAGCCAUUGAACAAGAAACGUAACCUCACUUCAAGAAUUACCUUCUAUAUACUAAAUCUGCAACCCUGCAAAAAUUGAAUUCGCUUCUACUUCUAGCAUUGCUAUUUACUUUACUCGCAACUCUCCAGAACUGCUCCUGAAUCUCAGUUGUGCACUUUGCGUAACCAUGACUGAUAUAGAGCAAGCUGGGGCAACAGAUACAACAUCCUCUCUGAUAGAACAGCUUGGAAAUGCAUUUCUUGAUCUGCAUGCUCGCAAGGAUGCUUUUGAGGAUGAGGUUCAGUGGACAGAAGUUGAAGAACACUUCCGCAACCUUGAGACGUUAUUGAAGGAAAAAUUUGAACAGCUCGAAGCAAAGGAGAAGGAAUUUGAGGAGAAAGAAACUGAAACACACUUAUUGAUUGCGGAGAGAGAGGCAGCUGUUGCUGCUAAAGAGCAGGACCUGUUGGAUCGAGUGCAGGAGCUAAAAGAUUCUGCUGUUACUGCCAUUGCAGAGGCACGAUCAGUUCACCAGCCAACAUCUGUAGAGGCUGUUGAUGAUGGGGACAACAAAGACGGCAAGGUAAGCAGCUCUCUUGGUGAUAUGAAUUCCCCAGAGGAGGAUUCUUCUCAUAAAACCACUGAAAAUGCUGAAGGUGUGGCUGUUGUGGUUAAGCCACGCCCAGAGCUAAUGCAAUUAUGCCAGCAGAUGGAUUCAAAAGGACUUCUGAGUUAUACAAUGGAGAAUAAAAAACAUCUAAGUGCCAUUCGAGAGCAACUUUCUGUUGCACUUGAAAGUGCAACUGAACCAGCCCGUUUGGUGCUGGAUUCACUGGAGGGGUUUUACCCCCCUGAUGAAACUACCCAACCAAUGGAUAAGAAGGAUGCUGCCCUUCCGGGCAUGCGCAAAUCCUGUGUUAUGUUUAUGGAAGCCAUGACUGCCUUAUUGGCAAGAGUUGACCCAGGUGGUGAUCACCUUCUGAACCCCGAGACCAAGCAGCAAGCCAAGGCAAUUGCUGAUGAGUGGAACCCUAAGUUGGCUAAUUCAGGCAUUGAUGCUGCCAAUGGAAAUUCAUUGGAAGCAGAGGCAUUCUUGCAGCUCCUCGCAACUUUUAGGAUUGCUUCGGAGUUUGAUGAAGACGAACUCUGCAAGUUUGUACUUGCAGUUGCUCACCGCAGGCAGGCGCCUGAGCUCUGCCGUACUCUUGGGUUAACACACAAAAUGCCAGGUAUUGUUGAGUCAUUGAUCAACAGUGGAAAACAAAUUAAUGCGGUACGUUUUAUUCAUGCGUUUGAGCUCACGGAAAGCUUUCCCACUGUGCCCCUCCUAAAGUCAUACUUGAAGGAUUUGAGGCGAAACUCACAAGGAAAGGGUGGGAACUCAGAAGGUGUUGGCGGUUCACAGAAUGAAGUAAAUGCACAAGAACUCGCAGCACUGAAGGCUGUAAUCAGGUGUAUUGAAGAGUUCAAGCUUGAAGCAGACUACCCACUUGAUCCACUUCAGAAAAGGGUUGCUCAACUGGAAAAAUCCAAGACUGAUAAAAAGAGGGGUGGAGAUUUUGGUAGACGUCAACAAUCAAAGAAGCCAAGAGCAAAUGGAGGGUUCCGUGGAUUCCGUGCACCGAUUGCCUCAGCUGCCACUGCUGGUAGGCAGGGUCCUCCUGCUUUUGUUGAGAGGGCAGCAUACACAGGAAUGUCAGAGAGGUAUCCUCACGCUGGUAUGGCAACAUAUGAUUAUCAGGUUCCUAGCCAGCCUGCAUAUGUUCAGCAAGCUAAUGAUCAAAGAUUAUACUACUAUCCCCAAGAUGACAGGGUUACUCCAACCUCAUAUAAUGCUGCUUCAACUAAUUAUGGUGGUUAUAUUGGUGGUGGAUUACAGUCUUCGCACCAGCCAUACAUGUAAUUGACAUUUGCAGGUACUGUAGGAAUCAAGCCUAGAGAUGAUGGACUAACUCAUUUGCUAAUUUGUCGGUGUUAGUAUGCUUCAUAUUUGUUGUUUCCAUCAGAUCUUUUCCAAUUAAGGCUUCUUUUGUCAAUGCACUCCAAAUGUACUUCGCUAGAUUGAACCUAUAUAUUUUUAGUUGAUGGCAGUCUAAGUUAGCCAUGCAAGACUCGAAUAUGUUCUAUUGAUGGUAAAGCUUAUGUUUUCAGAGAUUA